AUGUCAAGUAACAUCAUUGCCAGCAUUCAACCAGCAAAAACCAGGUUAGUCUUUUUUCUUCAAGAGAUAAAUUCCCUAGAAUUCGAAUCUCCGGACCCAAACUCCUCAUUAGACCAACAGAGAAUCCUUUACACAACAAGGGAACAAGUGCUCCGUGACAAAUUCGACAGAAUCCAAUUAUCUGUUAAGGAGCUCGAAGUUGCUUACGACACAUGGCUCAAGUAUAUUCAAACCAUUACUGCGACGAAAAAAAGGCAAGAAGAGGAAAAGGCUUAUGAAUGCGUCACAGAGGGUGAGCACGGACUAUUUCGAAUGCAUGAGGGGAAAGAAACGUUGAUAACAUUAACAAGCUAUAAGGAUGACGCCUAG